AUGGUUAGAGAAUUGGUUAAUUUCAACGAAGAAUGCACUUGUGCAUCAUGUCAAAACGGUUGUUCAUGCGGUACAGCUGAAGCUUCUGCUUGUAAAUGUGGUGAAACUUGUGCCUGCGCUAAGAAACAAUCAUGUUGUUGCGAAGGUAAGCAAGCAUGUUCAUGUGCAGCAGGAUCCAAAUGUUGUGGAUCUUGUGGAUCUGGCAAGGGUUGUUCCUGCAAGCAAUAA